UGAGCCCAGGGAGAAUUGUGGGUCAUCAAUGGAGAGACGAAGGAAAGAACGUCAUCUGUUUGUAAUGACUAGCGACCUAAUUUAACUCAUCAUUUUGCCAAAAAUACAACCAUUCUCACAGCUAAUGAACCUCUAACCCCUAACACUUCAAAGAGUUACUGGUGAGGUGUCAAAAAUGUACGAAAAACUCCCUGUUCGGAACCGGGAACUGUUUAAGGGAGAAUUGGUCGUGUAAACCUUGAUUGCAUUAGCUUGCCCGCUAGCUAUAACAUUAGUUCUGGUCGGCGAGCUCAUGUAAAGGUAUCUUCAUCUACUUGCACGAAUACAAAACAUCCAGUUGAAGUUGUGAAAAUACCUCCGGUGGCCAGGGGAAAGGGAAGAUAUAACUUCAUCCUGAAAACGUAAACGCUUCACCCUGAGCCAAUGGGGGCGUUCCUGGACAAGCCGAAGACGGAGAAGCACAACGCCCGCGGCGAGGGCAACGGCCUGCGCUUCGGCCUGAGCAGCAUGCAGGGCUGGCGCGUGGAGAUGGAGGACGCGCACACGGCCGCGCUGGGCCUGCCGCACGGCCUGGACGACUGGUCCUUCUUCGGCGUUUACGACGGGCACGCCGGCUCGCGCGUCGCCAACUACUGCGCCAAGCACAUCCUGGAGCACAUCGUGGCGGGCGCCGGAGGGGCCGAGGAGCUCCGACGGGCGGGGGGAGGCCCGGCGUCGACGACGACCGGCGGACCCCCCUCGGCGCCGCCGCCCGAGCCGGCGUCCAUCGAGGCGGUGAAGAAGGGCAUCCGGGCGGGCUUCCUGGCCAUCGACGAGCACAUGCGCAGCUUCACCGACCUGCGCAACGGCAUGGACCGCAGCGGCUCGACGGCGGUGGGCGUGCUGCUGUCGCCCGCGCACCUCUACUUCAUCAACUGCGGCGACUCGCGCGCGCUCCUGUGCCGCCGCGGCCGCGUCUGCUUCUCCACGCUGGACCACAAGCCGUGCAACCCGCGCGAGAAGGAGCGCAUCCAGAACGCCGGCGGCUCCGUCAUGAUCCAGCGGGUCAACGGCUCGCUGGCCGUGUCGCGCGCCCUCGGCGACUACGACUACAAGUGCGUGGACGGCAAGGGCCCCACGGAGCAGCUGGUGUCGCCCGAGCCCGAGGUGUUCGAGAUCGCGCGCGCGCCCGAGGACGAGUUUGUGGUGCUGGCCUGCGACGGGAUCUGGGACGUCAUGAGCAACGAGGAACUGUGCGAGUUUGUGCGCUCGCGCCUCGAGGUCACCGGCGACCUGGAGCGCGCAUGCAAUGAGCUGGUGGACACCUGCCUACACAAGGGCAGUCGGGACAACAUGAGCGUUGUUCUCGUGUGUUUGCCCAACUCACCCAAAGUGUCCGAGGAGGCCGUGAGGAGAGACGCCGAGCUGGACAAGCUUCUGGAGUCUCGCGUGGAAGAGAUUAUUGAGAAGGCUGGAGAGGAGGGCAUUCCUGAUCUGGUGCAUGUCAUGAGAAUUCUCGCCUCAGAAAAUAUACCCAACCUCCCACCAGGGGGAGGCCUCGCCAGCAAGCAUGGUGUUAUUGAAGCAGUGUACACUCGGCUGAAUCCGCACAGGGAAGAGGAUGGGAUUGGAGCAGACCUGGAGGACCCCUGGUAGCUGUCCAGAGUGAUUGCCUGUCUCCCUCCCCCCACCCCCAGGACUUCUUUUUACAGAAGACAUCUUUGCCUCACCUUCUGUCUUGUUUUCCGUUUUUUAUGAUACCAAGAGAUCAAUUGGACCAGAUAUAAAACAUUCAAAAUGUUUUUUUUGUUGUUCUUUUUCUUUGAAACACAACACACAAUCCAAAGGAUUGCAACACUUUUUCUUUUUUCUAUGAAUGGGCUGGAGAAAAAAAUGAAAACCCUCAAAGGAACUUUGGUGUUUUUGGAAAACUCUUGUUCGUGAAUAAGAAAAAAAACACUCACACACACACACACACACACACACACACACACACACACACACACACACACACACACACACACACACACACACACACACACACACACACACACACACACACACACACACACACACACACACACACACACACACACACACACACACACACACACACACACACACAGAUACACAUAGCACACCAUAGGAAGGCAGUAAAAUUCUUUUUUUACUGCAGUUUUUUUCUGUUGUUGUAAUCGUUCUCCCGUGGUUACUGUUGCCGUUGGUUUUCUUGUUUAUGAAUAUUGAUGAUGACGAUGAUGAUGAUGAUGAUGAUUAUGAUGAUGAGGACAUUUGUGAUGAAAAUGAUCGUAUAGACACUGGGCCUGAUGCAAGCUGUCUGUGGUGCCUUCUGUAUAACGACGGGGUUAAGCCAACCAAUCAGGGCCAAGCAACUUUGCCCCUUAGAACACGUGGUUUGGACAGACGGGGGAAGAGGGGGCCAUGGGGCAGGGGGUGGGGGGUCUCUCUACUCCUAGUACACCCUCCCACCAUCACCCAUCCCCACAUGGAUCGUGGAUUGAGGUGGAAGCUCGGACUGACCCCCGCUCCACCCCACCGGCCUCCUGGAAUCACAUGGGCUUGCGUCUGAGUGCAGGGCCCCGACAAGCGUGUGUUGGUGAAUAUGACUGGCUGAGUUUAACCUGCCAUGUUUGGGGUUGAUUACUGCGUGCUGUGAUUUGCACCCCCCCCCCCCCCCCCCCCACACACACACACACACAUUCACCUUCUACCCCCAGUGCACCCCCACCCCACCCGUAACAGACAUUGAAAAAAAAGAGAAGUGAACAUUUUGAUUUGUUUGUUUUUUUCCCGCAUACACACUGCCUCAGCUUGCUAAGGAUUCACAGCCUCUUUCAAUCUCCUCGUGUGUGUCAUUAAGCUUUUUAAUCCUGCUGGUUAAGAGAGUAUAGAAUAUAUGAAUAUAUAUAUAAAAACAAUAUAUAUAUUUUUAAGUUACCAGUUUUUGAUUUCCUGUUCUGUUUUGGUCUCUUCUACGAUGACUGACGUGGCCUACUGUGUGUAAAGGAACUGAGCGUUGAUGACCAGGUGACUCUUAAGAAUGAGCUCUGGAAACUUGUGGACACAAUAAGCUUUGUGCCAUUUGUAUGUAUGUGCGUGCAUGUGUGAGUUUGUGUGUGUGUGUGUUUGUAUGUGUCAGAGAGAGAGACUGGGUAGAUGAGAGAGUGUGUGUAGUGUGUUGGUAAUUUCUCUCUGUGUGAGUGAGAUGGAGUGCAAACCUGCCGCUCGGGAACUAUGGGUAUGUUGUGCUAGAAGGAGCCGUGGACUCCCUACAAAGCCACACCCAUUUCCAACGCCUCCUCCCUCUCUCUUUCCCUCCAUCCAUCUCUCUCUGUCCUCUUUAGCUUUCCUUACAAUGCAGAAAUGGACUCUUGCAACAACCUGCCUUUAUUUUUUCUCUCUCUUCGCUCAGAGUAUAUUGUACAACUGUGUGAUUUCUUUGUUUCCUUGUUUUUUUGUUUUUGUUUUGGUUAGCCAGGCUAAAUAAGAAAUAGCUUUAUGAUGAAUUCACUCUUAUUUCCAGAUGCAGCAUUGUCAUGUAACCUUGAAUGUUCAGAUGCGUUUCCAGCUCUUCGCAGCUCUCAGUGACACCACACCGAAAUCAUGAGUAACAUGAAUAAAAAAAAAGACAAAAUAAAAAAAACAAAAGCUAUGAACCUCUGCUGAAAAAAAAUAAAGAUUUAGUGAAACCUG